CCGCACGUUGACCCAGACCGCGACCACGCCUGCUCACAGCACUGCGCAUGCCCAGAGCCUCGACCCCGUUUCGAUCUCCUUUUGCGAUUUUGACCUCAUUUUCCCGUCCGUGAUAUAAGAUACUGAAGUCACUGCAAAUACUCUCACUAGCAACCUCCUUAUCGCACGAAAACAAUCGAUGGCGUCCCCCAUGGUGGAUGGGCGGGUUGAGCCACACCGCAAGGCAACGUACACGCUGGACGUCAGCGAGCAGAUCCGCCGCGAGGACGGGACGGGGCGAGGCUUCAACGGCGUCAAAUACAACCACAAGCCGAGCCUCUCCAGCGGCACGCGCACGUCUAAGCUCAAGCUCGCCGACAACAACACAUACAACCUUUCCAUGCGCGAUGCGAGCAGUGAUGGCGACAAGGACAUGUUUGUGUUCAACGGGGCGCGCACAGCACCCUCCAAGUCGUACGUGCUGCUCUUCGACCAGACCACGCAGAAGGCCACCCUCGAGCGCCUUGACAGCACAUACACCUUCAAUCUCUCCACCAAGAACGGCAGCGACGUGUCGUCGGGCUACGGCAAGAUCUACCCGAAGAAGGCGCACAAAGACAGCGUGCACGACCGCGAGGAGGGGGAAGUUGACCUCUUCGGCGAGGAGGCCGGCGAGGAGGCGAACGAGGGCACACAGCCGGACGCCGCCAACCCGUACGACUUCCGCCACUUCUUGAACGCGGUCAAGAGCAAGAAGGAGACGGCCGAAGACCGCGGCUACGCGUCGUCGCCCGACUACCGCUCCAACACAGCCACCAGCGCCGCGAACACGCCCGUCCUCCCUGCGCGCCGCGCCGUCGAGCCCGCGCCCAAGAAACGCAAGGCCGCUGCCAGCGUCUUCGCAAAGAAGCCUGCCGCAAAGGGCGCGCCCAAGAAACCCGCCGCCCCUGCAAUCAACCUGGAGCGCCGCGCAACCGACCGCCCCGCCCCAUCAACAUCGCAACCGAAACCCAGUGCCGCCCCACCAUCCAGCAAAAUCAAGUCCACCGAAUUCAUCCAGUCCAGCGACGACAGCGACGUCGACGCCGAAGGCGAACCCGACUCCUCGUUCCCCACCCCGCGCCACGUCCCGCGCCGCUCGCCGUCCCCCGGCCACCGCCACGACGACGACCACUCCUCCGCCGAAAGCGACGCCUCCUCCUUCGAAAUCGAAGACCCGAGCGCGCGCCCGGCGCACCUACACGUCAACGCUGCGCGUGCGCGCAGCCCCUCCGCAGGCCCCAUCUCGCUCGCCAGCGCCGCGACCAGCGCCGCAGGGACGCCGCGCCGCCAUGCCGCAGCUGCGGAUAUCGACUUUGGCGACCUGGGCGGUGAUGAUGAUGGCGGCGAGCCGGAUGAGGACGAGGACGUUGAUGUCGAGCAGAUGGAUAUCGGACCGCCGGCGCGGCAGGAGCGGCCGGAGAGCAGGAAGGGCGCCGCGGCGGAGGUGGAUGAGGAUGAGUUGUAUAUGGAGAUGAUGGAAGGGCUAGCGGAUAGUAGUGAGGAGAGCGAGGAGGAGUAGGCUGAGCAAUGGGCUGGACACUUCAAGGUAGUGCUGCAUCGAUAUGUAAGCUAUCUACAUCACACCUGGCGAUCGGCGCAUGUUCGUCAAUAGCUAUGCCCUGACCAUGUUGGAGUGCAGUGAUGCCUGCCUGUUCUGGCUAGCUCCGUCAGCCGACAGUGAACCUGC